AUGACGGAGAGCUCUCCGGAGCCACUGGAUGAUCUGUACGAAGAACGAGUACGUCGUCCAGUUGUAAGAUGGCAGAGUAUGAAAGAAGAUGGAAAAGAUUCAAAUGGGCUUCGAAGGACGGAGACGUUACCGGAGAUGCGACCUGGAAGACGUGGUGGAAGGAGGAGGCUUCGACCUAGGAAUAAUAAUGAUGAAGAUGGCGACUCGCACGGAUCCCUCCAACACAGUUUUCUACGUGUUCCCGUUGGACUUUCUGGUCGAUCAUCUCCAUCGGUGGCAUCAAUGGGUUCGGAACCAGAAUCUUGUAUCGACGAUACUCGAUAUAUGACAGACGAUGAUGAUGGCAUAGUAUAA